UUAAAAAAGAAAAGAAGACCCAUUACGCGUCUUCUAUACUUGAAACAUGUUUUCGUGCUGUCGCUGUGCCAAUAAUAACGCAAAAAAGGAAGCCAAAACAUCUAAAAAAGAAAAAGAUAAACAAAAAGUCGCUGCAACAACUGAUGCUGCUGAUUCUGAAAAUAAAGAGGAGGAAGAUGAAACAAUCGAUGGAUCCAUCGUCGCAGAGCAGCAGAAACAUCACCAUCACCAUCAUGAUGAAGGGAAAGAGGGGCCAAUUGACGGAACAUCAACAACAACAACAACGAAUAAAGACCCUCAACCCAUGCCAUCUCAAGUACCACCACCCAUCAGCAGUGAUGUGAGUGGUGGCAACAACGACGACAGUGAUGAGCAAUUAAAUAGUGAAAAUGAAGUGAAAAAUCUGCCAAACGACGGACGACACCGACGGAUGAGUGAAUCGAAUCAUCAGGAGAACAAUAAUCUGAGUUCAAAUGAAACGACUGUCUCAUCAGCAUCGACAACAGAUGCACCAGCAACCGGAUCCCAGGACCCGGAGCAGGAAAAAAUAGAUGGCACUGUAACGUCUGCAAAUGACACAGAUAGCCUACAGGAUUCUCAUCACCACAAACCCACAACCCCCAUCACCAACACCAACAAUACCCCAUCUUUAGUGCCUAAAAAUGGUGACAGCAGCUAUUGUUUUAGUGAAAGCAGCACUGUCACUAGUUGUAAUAAUCAUUUAGAAAAAACGUCAAUAUCGGCGGCGAGUAGUAAUGGCGACGACAGAUCAUCGCCACCAUCGGCAACUCUGCCAUCACUGCCACGGUCACCGUUAUUAGUAACAGCCACAUCAGCAUCGACAUCCACAUCCGCCACUACUACAACAGCAACAACUGUCAAUGAAGUUAUCAGACCAAAGAGCUGUUUGUCACGUCACAAUUCGACGAGAUCAUCAAUCAAGAAACGGGUCAAUAUUAAUAAUAGCACCGAGAUAAUAUCAACACCUCCAGAUUUGCCAUCGAUAGAUGACGAUGAAGUCUUUUCUGACUCGAUGCCACCGCAAAAGCGUGAAAAUAUGUGCGCGCCAUAUGUUGAAAAUGGUAGUGAAGGCAGCGGCAUGCAAGGACGCUUUGGUCUGCCUGAGUGGUUUAAUGAAGAGCGCUUUAACGAUUUUAACUUCAUGGAUCCACCUGUUACGCCUGUCGGCAGAGAUGAAUUAGAGCUACGCCGUCAUCGUAUUUAUUCGGAUUUAAUAACGGCAGCACAAGCGGCAGUGGGCAAUCGGGUGCGAUUCAAUCCGUUGGGUCCCGAUAUAGCAUCCGAAGAGUGUGAUCCAGAUUUCCGACCCUCAAUAGCUGCGGAUCUUGAAAGUUUACUCAAUCGCUUAGAACAUCUUGUUGAACGUUUGGAACGUUCCGUAUCUGCACGUGAGCUACAAAUAGCAAAUCAAACCUUUGAUUCUGUACUCGAAAAGAAACGUGCCAGUUUCGAUUUGGAAUCAACAGAAUUACCUCCAAUACCAAAUCCUGAUAGUGAAGGUAACGAACAACAAGAAAAAUCCCAACAACAAAAUCUCAACGCACGUAUUGAACGAAUUGAGUCAUCGCUUAAUAAGUUCAACGAUAGCUUUAGCAAAGAUAACGAGAACGACAUUGACGGUAGUUUAGAAAAUAUUCCAACAACAGUUCUCGAAGAGUUCCUACCAGACGAUAAUCAGGAAUCACCUUUGCCACCACCUCCGCCACCAAUAAGUGAAAGUAUGAGUGUAUUAGGCUAUCAAGAUAUUGUCCAAGGACCUUUGAGUCAAUAUUUGGCAUUGUCGCAAAAGAUUGGUGGAGAUGUUGCAACACAUUCGAAACUAGUCAAAGCUGCAUUUGAUGCCCAAACGCAGUAUGUUAUGUUGGCAACUGAAAGUGCAAAGCCUUCUCAGGAUAAGCAAAUGGAAUUGCUGAAACCAACAUCAGAUCAAAUCUCGGCUAUUCAAAGCUUCAGGGAGAAAAAUCGUGCGUCACCGUUCUUUAACCAUUUGUCGGCUAUAAGUGAAAGUAUUCCAGCACUCGGUUGGGUUUGUGUUUCACCAACACCUGGACCCCAUGUAAAAGAAAUGAAUGAUGCUGGUCAGUUCUAUACCAAUCGUGUAUUGAAAGAUUGGAAAGAGAAAGAUCCCACUCACGUAGAAUGGGCCCGAGCAUGGAUUCAAACACUAACCGAUCUCCAACAGUAUAUCAAACAGUAUCACACUACCGGACUGGUGUGGUCUGGUAAGGGAGCACCAGCUGGUGUUCCUCCACCACCCCCAUCGAUGGCGGGUUGUCCACCACCUCCACCCCCACCCGCAUUUGAUCUGGCUGCCAUGUCUCUCGAUAAAUCGGCUGAUGAGCGUAAUGAACUUUUUAAACAAAUCAAUCAAGGAGAGGAUAUUACUAAAUCUCUCAAAAAAGUCACCGCCGAUAUGCAGACUCAUAAAAAUCCAACACUGCGUACAGGUCCGGCGCCCUUCAAGGCUCCAACACAACAGGGUGAUAAGCCAGCAGUUCCUCCAAAAGCUGUUAUUAAGGAUCCUGUGUUUGCACGUGAUGGCAAAAAAUGGAUCAUUGAACAUCAAAGAUCAAAUCCCAAUUUAUUGGUUGAAAAUGCUGAGAUGAACAAUGUCGUAUACGUGUUCAAGUGCGAAAACUCAACUUUGACCAUCAAGGGCAAGGUGAAUAACGUAGUGUUCGAUUCUUGCAAGAAGUGCAGUUUGCUCUUUGACUCUGUAGUUUCGUCAGUUGAAUUUGUCAACUGUCAAAGCGUUCAAAUGCAGGUUCUGGGAAGCGUUCCAACUGUGACAAUUGAUAAGACCGAUGGUUGCCAAAUGUAUUUAUCUAAGGAAUCGCUAGGUGUUGCAAUUAUUAGCUCCAAAUCUUCCGAAAUGAAUGUUUCUAUUCCAAUGGCAAAUGGAGAUUUUAUGGAACAAGCGCUGCCAGAACAAUUUAGAACAACAAUUCAAGGCAAUACUCUCCAAACUGUUUGCGUAGACAGUCUUGGUUAAGCUUUGAAUAAUUAUCAACGCACAAUACCAAAUCAACUGAGUAGCAAACAAUAACAACAACAACCACCACCAACACCAACCACAACCAUAACAACAGCCAAACGUUGAGAGAACAUUUUUUUAGAUAUCAUCAAAUUAAAAUCAUAAAAAUACUAUUAAAUAAUAUAUUAAUAUUAAUACGGUAAAUACAAAUUUUCUACUAAUUGUAUGCGUGAAGUAAAAGUUAUAAACAAAAUAGCCAUUUGGCUGAAAUGUAGCACAAUGUUCAGACAAAAUUAAUUAAAAACAAAAAAAAAGUAUUUUAAAGAAUCAUGAGUAAUGAGGGUUUACUUUCGCAUCAAAAUUUUAUCAAAAAUAUUUAAUGACAUUAUUAUAAAUUAUUAUUAUUAGCUAAACCUAUUCUUUUUUUUAAUUAUAAACAAAUAAAAAGUAAAACAAGAUUUUAAUAUUAUUUGGAUAAUCACCGAAUUAAAAAUGUUUUAAAUGUCUUAAAUUAAAUCAAAAGAGAUAUAAAUUUAGCGUUUAAUAAAAUAUAAAGUCAAAAUUGUAAGUCCUUAUAUGGUAUUUAUGCAAAAAGUAGACAAAAUAAGUAAAAUAUAAUAAAUAAAAACCAAUUUAUACGUGAAA